GACUUAUAAGUAGGUCGGUUCAGGGGAAGUAUUGUUUAUAGUUUUCGUAAACGAACGAAAUCAUUUCGUUUCUCCCACAGACAGUAUGGCGCAAAUAGAGGCGGAGGCCCAGUGGCUACGCGAUGGGAUUCUACAGAAGAUUCUAAAAAGCGGAAGACUGCUGGAUAACUACAGUGAAGCUAAGGUGGACACUUUCAAAGUGGGAGAUAUUGAAAUCGAUGUUAUUGGACUCGCUGAAGCUUUUAUGGUAACUUUUUGCUACCGGGCAAUAGUUAACUUUGAGUACGAUGGCGAAAAAUAUCAACGGAAAUUCGUCGUUAAGAAAACCCCUCCUAUGCCGCCAGAUGUUUAUGAGUCCAUUCAGUUCGAACAGCUCUUCACGAAUGAAAUUAACUUUUACACAAAAAUUCUGCCAGAAAUAAAGAAAGCAACCGGAGGAAAGUUUUCGGCACCGAGAUAUUUCUAUAGUGAGCUUAACCAGUACUCGGCGGUAGUUAUCCUCGAAAACUUUGCGGUGGACAGAUGGAGAGUGACCAAGGAUCGGGUGGGUCUCACCCUGGAACAUGCCAUGAUCGCGGCAAGGCAUUUGGGCAACUUCCAUGGCUUUUCAUAUGCUCUGAAGCACAAGAAUCCGGAAAAGUUUGCCAAGCUAACCGACGACUUAAAGGAAUCUCGAUACGCCAACGAGAAUAUGAAUCCCGAGUGGGCUCUGACACUAAAGACGAGCCUCAAGCGUGUAGAAAAGGCUACAGAAACGUAUCAGCCUCAAAUCGAAAAAGAAUUCGUCCACAAGUUCAACUCGCUAAUCGCUGAUUACUUUAAUUAUGGAAAGCAACGCGUAGCUCCGAGGGAACCACUUGCCACUCUCUGUCACGGUGACUAUGUAAGGAAUAACGUGGCCUACAGAUACAACGAUAAGGAUGAACCGCUGGAGGUCAUGAUGUUUGACUACCAGACCCUUCGGGUAUCCUCUCCCAUGAUAGAUCUCUCCGUCUUCCUGGCCCUAGCUCUGUACGCCGAUGUGAGGUAUCCCAACUUGGAUGACAUCUUCGAUGAAUACGUUUCGGAGCUCCAUGACAGCUACAGGCGUGAAGCCCACGAUGAUGUUCCAGACUCAUUAAGCCGUUUAGAGCUCAUAAAGGAAUACGUUCGCUUCCUGCCAUACAGCGUCUCCAUCACUUCCAAUUUCCUUGCCGCUUUAGUGGAACCAAGUGACAUUUCAAUAGAGGAAAUGAUCAAAAAUCCUCCCUCGGAGAAGGAAAUUAUCGAACGCACUAUGACCGCUGGCGGCGAACUUGUGGACCGCGAGAUAGCCCACCAGAUUAAGGAGAUGCUGGAGCUGAGUCAGCUUUAUGAAGUUCCCAUAGACGAUGGCAUUGAUGUUAAUACAUUAAAAAAGGAGUAACCUCAUAAAUAAACAAGAGAUAUUUUCACUUUCCAGAAA